GCAUUGAGCUGAUCUGUGAAAAAGACAUUGAUCUUGCGACGCAGGUUCAAGAGCUGCUGGAAUUCCUUCAUGAGAAACAGCACGAGCUGGAGCUUAACGCUGACCAAACUCACAAGAGGUUAGAGCAGUGCCUACAGCUCCGGCACCUACAGGCUGAAGUCAAGCAGGUGCUUGGCUGGAUCCGGAAUGGUGAAUCGAUGCUGAACGCAAGCCUUGUCAAUGCAAGCUCCCUCUCUGAAGCUGAGCAACUCCAGCGAGAGCAUGAGCAAUUUCAGCUGGCCAUAGAGAAGACACACCAGAGUGCCCUGCAGGUCCAGCAGAAAGCCGAAGUGUUGCUGCAGGCUGGGCAUUACGAUGCCGAUGCUAUCAGAGAGUGUGCUGAAAAGGUGGCCCUGCACUGGCAGCAGCUGAUGCUGAAGAUGGAGGACAGGCUCAAACUUGUCAAUGCCUCGGUGGCCUUCUAUAAAACCUCUGAGCAGGUGUGCAGCGUAUUAGAGAGUCUGGAGCAAGAGUACAGACGGGAUGAAGACUGGUGUGGAGGUCGAGAUAAACUUGGACCGGCAGCUGAGAUAGACCAUGUCAUCCCUCUGAUCAGCAAACAUCUGGAACAGAAGGAGGCUUUUCUCAAGGCCUGUACACUGGCACGAAGGAACGCUGAGGUAUUCCUCAAGUACAUCCACAGGAACAAUGUCAGCAUGCCUGGAGUAGCAAGCCAUACAAGGGGGCCUGAGCAACAAGUGAAAGCCAUUCUAAGCGAGCUGCUGCAAAGGGAGAAUCGGGUCCUUCACUUCUGGACCCUGAAGAAGCGAAGAUUAGAUCAGUGCCAACAAUACGUUGUCUUUGAGCGCAGUGCCAAACAGGCCUUAGACUGGAUCCAAGAAACAGGCGAAUAUUACCUCUCCACUCACAACUCCACAGGGGAAUCAGCAGAAGAAACUCAGGAACUCCUGAAGGAAUAUGGGGAAUUCAGAGUACCUGCCAAGCAAACAAAGGAGAAAGUGAAGCUUCUCAUCCAGCUGGCUGACAGCUUUGUAGAGAAAGGACAUAUACACGCCACUGAAAUUAGGAAAUGGGUCACCACCGUUGACAAACGCUACCGUGACUUCUCUCUCAGGAUGGGGAAAUACCGCUACUCCCUGGAAAAAGCCCUUGGAAUCAAUACAGAGGAUAACAAGGACCUAGAAUUAGACAUUAUUCCAGCAAGUCUUUCAGACCGGGAGGUAAAGCUGCGAGAUGCAAAUCAUGAAGUCAAUGAAGAAAAAAGAAAGUCGGCGAGAAAAAAAGAAUUCAUUAUGGCUGAGCUGCUUCAGACAGAAAAAGCUUAUGUCAGGGACUUACAUGAAUGUUUAGAGACUUACCUUUGGGAAAUGACAAGUGGAGUGGAAGAAAUACCCGCUGGGAUCCUUAAUAAAGAACACAUCAUCUUUGGCAAUAUUCAGGAGAUAUAUGACUUUCAUAACAACAUUUUUCUAAAAGAACUGGAGAAAUACGAACAACUGCCUGAGGAUGUGGGCCACUGCUUCGUCACCUGGGCAGAUAAAUUUCAGAUGUAUGUCACCUACUGCAAAAACAAACCUGACUCCAGCCAGCUCAUCCUGGAACAUGCAGGGACUUUCUUUGAUGAAAUUCAGCAAAGACACGGUCUGGCCAACUCUAUCUCUUCUUAUUUAAUCAAGCCUGUCCAGAGGAUCACAAAAUAUCAACUCUUACUGAAGGAACUGCUGACCUGUUGCGAGGAGGGCAAAGGGGAACUCAAAGAUGGCCUGGAAGUGAUGCUCAGUGUCCCAAAGAAGGCCAACGACGCAAUGCAUGUCAGCAUGCUGGAAGGGUUUGAUGAGAACCUGGACGUCCAGGGAGAGCUGAUUCUUCAGGAUUCCUUCCAAGUGUGGGAUCCCAAGUCUCUCAUUCGGAAAGGCCGUGAGAGGCAUUUAUUUCUCUUUGAAAUCUCUUUGGUAUUUAGCAAAGAGAUCAAAGAUUCUUCAGGACACACAAAAUAUGUUUACAAGAACAAGUUACUGACCUCAGAACUGGGAGUGACUGAACACGUUGAAGGAGAUCCUUGUAAAUUUGCUUUGUGGUCUGGACGAACACCAUCCUCAGACAAUAAAACAGUGCUGAAAGCAUCCAGUAUUGAAACAAAACAGGAAUGGAUCAAAAAUAUCCGUGAAGUCAUUCAAGAAAGGAUUAUCCAUCUGAAGGGAGCUCUGAAAGAGCCAAUUCAGCUCCCCAAGACACCAGCAAAGCAGCGAAACAACAGUAGAAGAGAUGGAGUAGAUGAUGCCGACAGCCAAGGAGAUGGCAGCAGUCAACCUGACACCAUUUCCAUCGCAUCCAGGACAUCACAGAACACAGUGGACAGCGAUAAG